CUGUCCAGAAGGCUUGCAAUCUGUGUGAACCUCGCUUAUUUUAUAGAGAGAAAGAGGGUCGCCACCGCUUGUGGAGAGCGGAGCGGCCACUGAGAGUCCCAAUCACACCUCUGCAAAUGACCCUUCCCUCCUGCGGUGGGACCUCGUCAGGGUCUCCGGCCGGCGGCGACAGCCCCUGGAGUCGUGCCUGUGGCGACUCGAGGGUGGCUUUGUGAAGCCACGUGUUCCUUUAGUGCUUUUUGGUGGUGGGUGCAGGUAAUUCUGACCGCUCCGUUAGCGAGCUAUCGCAGGGCACUGAAGUGGGCUUAGUGAGAUCCUCAGGCCAGCAUGCCUUUGCUUGCUGGCAUUGGGUAGUGAUUUUGAUUGUGUUUUUAAAUGGAGUGUAUUAACUACAAUCUGAUCAGGUGCGGCCAUAAUAAGUUCCACCUAAAGAGCACACAUGGGUGGAGGUGUGAAGGUAAGCAUGUGCCUUUUGGCAUUAUUUCCCCCUCUUUUGAGAGAUUUUCUGACCCAGCAUGAAAAAUAAGGUGAAUUACUUUAACAAACUCUACUGUUGUUCCUUCUGUCUUUACCUGGAGCUUAUUGUAUAAAUUUCACCAGAUGUUCCUCUCAUUGCAGCAGCUUUGUGCACUCCCAGCCUAAAUCAACUGUCUAUCACAAAGUCCCUGUUGUGAGCUUGCUUUUGUUUUUUCUCUUGGAAAUAUGAAAAUAAUGAAAAACAUGAAAAAAUAUGAAAAUAUGACUUACUACCAUACUGAUAAACUGUCAAGUGAAAAAAAUUGACAUAGUAACUUUUCUUUCAUACCUUUUUACGUGAUAAACUUACCUUGUCUGUUUUUUCAAAAGUGGAUGUCACAAGCAGUUCUAUUUGAUCAAAAGUUUGUUUGUGGGAUUUUUUUUUUAUUGUGCUAAAGAUGGUGUGUUUGUAUACGCAAGCACAAAAGACUUGGUUGAACAGGUUAAAUCUUUACAUUGGGAAUUGCUUUUGUUGCAAGGGCUUCCUGUCUGUUCAGCAUAUGUAUGGUAGGGCAGAGAUUCUUCUCUCACCAGGAAAAAGACAAACAUAUCCUAGACAAACUCUAGGCCUUUCCCAUGUUGUGAGGUGCCUAAAUAUAUACAUUGCAAUGAAUAAGCGUUUCUGGGACUUAAUUUGCUCUGUUGGUGCUUAACUCCCUGAAGACUUUGAUGCUGUUUGCCUGUAUAGAGCAAUCUUGAAUCUUGCUCAUAGGGUCAAUCAUUGUGUUCAGAAAUAGGAGUCUUACAUCUGGUAUAUGUGAAUAGCCAGUGUGUAUGUAAAGCUGUGUUACGAGAGUUGUUUUAUGCAAUCAAGAACUAAGGAAGACGGAGGCAAGAACACCAGAAAUCUUUGCUAAUGAGUGGGUAAUGUAUAAAAGCACAGCAAACACUGUAAGCUUUUAGCAGUUUGGUACUUCACCUUGGUUAUUAACUCACUUGCAGGUUCAUCCCAGGUCAAACAAGUGACAACUGUUCUGCUCAAUGGGAGAAAGGGGAUCUUGGUGGAUGGUUCCUCAUUUCCUCCCCUUAAAGGGGGUCCACUCUGUGUUAAUACAUUGCUAGUUGCAUUUUUAACCUUCUUCAGCUCCUCUGGUACCUGGCUGUGGUGUGAUAGGCCUUACCAGAAUACAUUUUUUUGGUGAAACAGUGAAGUGAUCCUAGUUUCAGGUCACUCUGUCCUGGUUUCAUAUCAUAGCUUUCUAUACCAACAGCAGAGUCAUUUCAGUAGAAAACACAAUCUAUACAUAUCAGCAAAAAGAUUCCUCACAGAUGCAGUGAUCAGCAAAAAAAAGAGUUGAAGACUUUGUAUUGCACAAGGGUGAGCGAUGAGGAAAUCCGUGAGUUGGUUAGCUUGUGUGAAGGCAGAACCCGGCAUUAGCCAUAGCACUCCUGUGGCUGGGCUUUGGCAGUGUUAGAGAUUGUUCUAAUAGUAUUUUUAGCUGCAGUACAUUAGGAUUAUUGUAUGUUAGAAAAUAUAUACUAUUUGUCUCUAGCUCUCCUCUUCCAAGCCUCUCUUCUGUUUCCACUGAAAUAAUGAUCUUGUGACAGAAUCAUGGAUUUAAUGUAUGUUUUUUGUCUGACAUAGCUUCAGUUUUCUGUAGUCUCUGCUUUCCCUCUUCCUUGGUAAGUUUUCUUUCCAAUUGGUCAAAGCUGCAGAUCUUGGUUCCAUUUAAGAUUAAGUGAAAUACCUGUAGGAAAAAACCUGCCAACAGUUCUGAUUUUGUCAGAGAUGUUAUAAAUGCAUCACGUGACUCAGGCAAAUAAGCAAUCCCUGCCCUUAAGGCUUUAAAAGACAUAUAAAACAAACAAGGCUAGAGAAAAGAAUACAAUAUCUAAUCUUCAGUGAGCCGUUGUACACACCUUCAUGCAAAUCCUAGUUGGUGGCAGAUUCCCAAAAUUGGGAAUAACAGAAGCAGAGGGGAAGAAGGAGAAUUGGGGGACAGAACAGGCUAGGUUGAGAGAUACUGUGAUUGUUCUUUCCUGGCUAGAGAUAGCAGGGCAAGAAACAGUCAAGGUCGUCAGUAACAAAACUGUAUAGAACUGCAGUCAUGUGCUGCUACUGAGGUGGAGGCAUUUGAACAGUGACUGAGUCCCUAGUUGCAGGUAAUUAAAUGCAUCUCUGAACUCCAGACCAUGAGGUAAAUCGUGGUUACUCUUAGUGCAAAACCGGCUGGGCAUUAACACACCAGGUUUGAUAUGAUUUGAAUUACUCAAUUGACUUAAAUCGUCAGCGUGCUUGAGUAUUGCAAGUAAUGUGUAUGCUUCUGAUCAACUUGUACUUUGGAAGGUGUUCAGGAGAAAAUGGGAAUGAUGAUUAGGAUAUGUGGGUAAGAAAUCAUAAAGUUGUGUAGUUACCACCAAAAUGAUGUUUUAUGUUUGUGAUCGGUUCUUAACAUAUUUAUGCAGUUUUAUCCUUUAGCUGUAAGGGCUGAAAAUGAACAUAGCAUGUUUCCAAAUGGCAGUUGGAUGUCAUAAUAAUAGCUGUAGUAUUCUUGUUUCUUCCGCUGACAUUUGUUCAGGGUGAAUUGCCUUCUGAAAAACACUUGGAACUAAUGUCCUGUCCCAAGUUCUUUCCAUGGAAAUGAAAAGACUCAGUUUGGAGUUGAGUGAUAUUUUUAUGGGUCACAAGUGUUCUUUCAAAUCCACUUCUUACAGCCAAAUUACUAAUGAAAAUAUCUGCUUUGAUUAUUUGUUCUGCUGUUUUGCACAGCUUUCUGAUGAUUGUGUCAUAUUUAUAAUUGAUUAUCGAUAAUAUGCAUUUACAGAUAACUAAACUUCCUCUUGUAAAGCAAACAAAUAAUCUUGUGAAUUUAUAGGGUGCAUGUAUUUUUGAAGAGCUAGCUCUACUACACCAAUAACAGAAAGUCAGCCAGUAAGUGGUUGCAAAUGAAUUUGGCACAAGAUAGAUGGAAGAGUAAAUAACAAGGAGAACUGGUGUGAUAAAUUUACUUUGCUUUUCCUUUGAAGUUCUGGGCACACUCAUCUGUAGAAAGUGUGUGGAUGCCUCCCUCCUAGUGAAUUUCAUUUUGUUGGAGGUGCCUCAUUAUAACACUCAAGCUUUUAAGUUCUGAAAAGGCAGUGAUUAGUUUCUGGAAGUUCAAAAAAUGUUGGUCUAAUUUUAAGUGUGAAAUUUGAGGUCUUCCAAUGUAUCUGUGAUACUAGAGGUUGACUCAUGUAUAAAUGAUAAAAUGUGUAUUUAGUAAUUAAGCAUCUUUAAAGUGUUUAUUUGGAGUAUUGAGGGGAAAAUAAACCAGAAGGCAUCCAACUAAACAGAUUGAGGAUCUCACUUUACAUUAUUUAAAAGAAUGCAGUCUCUAAAGAUUUAUGAGUUGGAGAUGAAUGAUGUAAUGCGUUUCAAUAACAGAUUUGUACUCCAUUUCAGUGGAAGUUACUUUUUCAAUUGAUUGAAAAUAAUCUUUAUAAUUUUCACAUCUUCAUUCUAGUUCAGGGAUGUCAAGUCAGAUUUUCUGCGCUGUAGGAUACAGGUGUUGGCUUUAUGAUAGAGGAGGAGUAUUCUCUCCAGAAAGGUGUGCCUGCAAAAGCUUGUGUGUUCAUCUGUUGCUAGAUGCUUAUGUAGUUUGGGUGACUGCAUGUUGACCUUUCAAAGUUCCCAUAUUCAGGGUUUUUGUUCUCUCAGUUGACAAGUUUAUUGUUGCAGUUAAAAAAUUUUUUGUAAAAUUAGUCUUACCCCCCCAAAAAGCACAAAAUCUACCUCCCACACUAGAUUAGCUGCUUUAUUCUAAUUGACCCAGACUUUCAAUUUUUUUUCUAUUCUGUAGUAAAUGGCUGAAGUAUACACUAAAGGUUUAAUCGGGACAGGGAAAAGGAAUAGUCAUUAAAUUAAUUCUGGUAGUUAUGUAGGGCCUAUUCUUUAUGGAGCUGAUAAGCUAGUAAACUUGUGUAAAAUGGGUCUAAUGGGUCUUAUUCAGAAUUAUCAAUGUCUUCUUGAGCUAAGAAAUGUUAUUAGCAGUAACUUGCUUUUGGAAGGCAUGGGAGAAUUUUCUGGAGACUUCAGAAGAAAGUGGCUCUUUUCCAGACAGUCAGUUCUGAAGCAGAGGAAAAAGAUUAAUUUCUGUGACCUUAGAUACUGUUAAAUACAGCUGCUAAUGGAAGAAUUUGGAUUGAAACUCCUGUGGGUUUUUUCAUGUACAGUCUGUGCUUUUAGAUAACUCCGAGAAAUGAGGCGGUGAGAUUUGGAAACAGUUCUGGGGAGGGAGCGAUCUGCACAAUCAGUCAGGAGUCAAGGGUUGGAUCAAGAGCGUUCUGCAAUUGUGAUUUGGAGUCGUGGAGAAUUCAGUCCUUCCACAAUGGCAGAAAGGACAGAUUUUACAAAAUCACAUAUUUCACUGGCUGAAUACAGCCCCGUCAACAAAUCAGAAAGGACAGAUCCAAGUGGAACACAGGAUGGAGACCAAAAUACAUUGCAACUGAAGAAAGAAAUUUCUUUAAUAAAUGGGAUAAGCCUUAUAGUAGGCAACAUGAUUGGUUCAGGUAUCUUUGUCUCUCCCAAAGGAGUUCUCAUCUACAGCAGAUCUUAUGGAUUGUCUCUAAUAAUUUGGGCAAUUGGAGGGAUAUUUUCAGUCUUUGGAGCUCUCUGCUAUGCUGAACUUGGAACCACUAUUACAAAGUCAGGAGCCAGCUAUGCAUAUAUCUUGGAGUCUUUUGGGAGCUUCAUUGCUUUUAUUCGUUUGUGGACCUCACUCCUAAUUGUUGAGCCAACUAGUCAGGCAAUUAUUGCCAUCACCUUUGCUAACUACAUAGUUCAGCCUUUCUUCCCUUCUUGUGACCCUCCGUAUUUGGCUUGUCGUCUCAUAGCAGCUGCUUGUGAAUGUCUUCUAACAUUUAUAAAUUGUGCCUACGUUAAGUGGGGUACACGUGUGCAGGAUGUAUUUACUUACGCCAAAGUGCUUGCUCUUAUUGCCAUCAUCGUCACCGGACUUGUUAAAAUAUGCCAGGGGCAUAUAUGGCACUUUAAGAACGCUUUUGAGGGAUCCUCCUUUGAUAUUGGAGACAUCUCCCUUGCGUUAUAUUCUGCCUUGUUUUCUUACUCUGGUUGGGAUACGCUCAAUUACGUAACAGAAGAAAUCAAAAACCCAGAAAGACUUUCUCAGAAGAAUCCUGAGAUGAUAUCCAUCCCCUUAGUGGUGGCUUUCUCCUGUUAUGGUGGACUAAAUGUUUCUGCUUAUAGCUGCCUCCAGACAUUUGCAGACCAGGUAUUUGGUAUCUUCAGCUGGACAAUUCCCAUUGCUGUAGCCUUUUCUUGUUUUGGUGGACUUAAUGCUUCAAUUCUAGCAUCAUCAAGGCUAUUUUUUGUAGGAUCUCGGGAAGGUCACCUUCCUGAUCUGUUGUCUAUGAUCCACAUAGAGAGGUUCACACCUGUGCCAGCACUGCUCUUCAAUUGUUUUAUGACCCUUAUUUACCUGGCUGUGGAAGAUGUCUUCCAGCUUAUCAAUUACUUCAGCUUCAGUUACUGGUUUUUUGUUGGUCUGUCUAUUGCUGGGCAGUUAUAUCUACGUUGGAAAGAACCAGAUCGGCCCCGACCUCUUAAGCUGAGCCUGGCUUUCCCAAUAAUAUUCUGUAUAUGCACAGUAUUUCUGGUGGUAGUGCCACUCUAUAGUGACUUUGUAAAUUCACUGAUUGGAAUUGCCAUUGCUUUAUCUGGAAUUCCAUUCUUUUUCUUGGGAGUCUAUUUACCUGCAUCAAGGAGACCAAAAUUUAUAAACAAGCUUAUAGGUGCAGUUACACGAAACAUGCAGCUGCUCUGCUACUGUGUUUUAACAGAGAUGGACACAAAUGAAGAAAAGAAGUUAGAAAUCAAAUCCAACUAAAGUUUAAAGCCAUUAAAAGAAGCAGGAGGGAGGAAAAAGCAAUUACAAAAAUGAAAGGGAAGAGCUGGAACUGGAAGACACAGGAAAACUGUUUUCGGUGGUCUUCCAGAAAUGCUGAAAAUGUUCUUACUUGCAGAUGGAUUUCAACACAGAUCAUGCCCAUGUGUCAUCCUCCUAAACUGUGGCAUGUUUUCAGGGCAGGUUUUCAUUGGAUAAUGAUUACCUACUCAUCACCUACACACACAAGCUGUGUGUUAAUAGUGUUUCUUCUUCAGAAUUGGUAUGAAAAUGAUAAGAGCUAAUGGAUCAAAUUAGAUUUCUGCCGAACCAAGUGGUAAAGUAAUCCAUUAUUAAGUUAGACUAAAACCCACUUUGACUCCAAAGACCAAGUCAUUUCCAGAAUUCUAAGUAAUUCUGAUGGAUGUUUGCAUGAAAUGAUUUGCUGUACUAUCUCAGUUCUUAUCCCAGAAGACAACUGGUCACAACAAACUACUUCAUUAGUUUUUCUGCCCCUAAUGAUAAAUUAAGUUCUGCUCCAUUAUUUAAAGACUGAACCAACCUUUCUCCCUUUGAAGUUUUUUAUUCUGUGGGCUACAUGGAAAUGUAUCUGACUGUGGCAAGGAGUUAAUCAGCAAAGCACCUUGGCACUAAAGAUUUGAUUAAUGGUUGUUGAUUUUUUGUUAACUCGUUAGUGCUUUGUCAAUUUCUGUUAGGUUUUAUGAAAAUUCUGAAAUUAAAAUGUUCAGUUUGAAGCCUGUAA